AUGACUUAUACAGAGGUCACACCGCGGCAUUUGGUCGACGAGCGCACGUGCCAGCGACACCUACUGAACAAUCAACCUGCUCUGCUACAUUUCAGGUACCAGAUGGUACCCUGGAUCGAAUCUAAUGACUGCAAGUCGAUAUUCGGGCCAGCAAUCAUGACUUUGGCGCGCGAUAGCAAGAUCGUUUCGGAAUGCAUUUCCGUCUGCGUUUCGAUGAAAGACAAGAGUCUCGAUUUGCCAACGGCCACGACCGCCGGCCUAUCUAUGCCUCCAAGACUCUUAGAACGACUGGUCCGCGAGGAUGCUUUCACCUCAGACGUCGGAUCUGCGCUGCUCAGUAUUGGUAGUGUGUUUUACACACCACCCUCGGAAUGGGCCAACAUUGUCUCUGUUUGUGAAGCGCAUCUUCCCGAGUCAGUCAUCUCCAGCGCGGGAUUCGAGCUCACACCCGAGCCUUUGAAGUCACUCUUGCGGCUGCAGCUCAAAGUCGAUCUUGCAGUGUGCAUCGUAAUCGACGAGCCUCCUUCGGCCAGCCUCAUCAUUCCCUCGGUCGAUAUGGUGCUAAAUGACAUUGAUGAUUCCCUUGCUUCUUACGAUCGCUGUCUCUGCUGCCUUGCGCUCUCUUUGCGACUAAUUCAUUUCGAAAUCAUACCCAUGUUAUCUGGUUUUCACGAAUCGUCCCUGCAGCCGGUCGGUUCUCAUGUCUCUCAAUGGGACCGGUGGUUCGAGCUCUGGCAUAGAUGUAUGUCAUGGUUCCAGGAUCGACCUCGCAAGAUGAAGCCUGUACUCGAAAGUUCCGACGAGAUAUCUCACCCUGAGCAACCCUUCCCCGUCGAUGUGUAUACGAGCGCCACCUCUCUGCAAGCAAACCUUACCAUGCACAUCUCAGCAGUUGUUCUUCUAUCACAGAAACCUCGUCUCACAAAUGCAACGUCGACGUUCCAGCGACUAGGAUCACGAAGCUGGCACAUUCAGAAAAUGGCAAGGAUGUUGGUUGGAAACCAUUUCAAGGAGCAGUGGGAUCCAAUUGUCAUCGCUGCCCUACUGUUCAGUGCCAAAGAAAUGUCGCACUCCUCCCAGCAGGAAGCACUGUUGCCAUGCUUCGAUGAGAUCUUGAACGCAACCAAGAUUCCAAUGGCAGAGGAGAUCGCCAAUCUUCGCGCACGCUGGCAGUCAAUCCAACAAGAUGAUCCACCGAGUCUGUCGCAUGGAUACCACUGA